CCAACUGCCUGAGCGAUUUUUCAUUUCCUAAUGGGUUCCCGAGGAGGCAUGUUCUCCAGGAUCCUCAGUCUCUUUCGGAGGGACAAUCAUAUCCGUGCAGAGACCAGACCAAGGCAGAGGGAGGCCAGCCUUCUAUCACGUUGGAGAACAAGACGAAUGGAAAGGUCCUUGAGGAGGUCACAGUCUGAUCAGAAGGCAUCAUCCCAACCCUCCACGACACCUGUUGAGGAGGAGAGAAUGAAGCGUUUGGAGAACCUCAAAAUUGCCCUCCACAAGAUGCAAAAGGAGAGAGAUGAACUCAGGAGAAUCCUGGCGGAUUACCCAGGAAAGAAUUUAAAUGACAGGAACAAGUUUGAGUCCGAGAUGCUCAUGAUGCAGCACGAGGAAGUGAUGACCGACAUGAAGAAAAUGAGCGAGCAGAUCAAUACCGCUUUGGUCAAAUGUAAAAACCUUACACUGGAAAAUGACUGGUACUGGUGAGUAACUUACAAGGUUGUGACCCCAGCACUAGGCAAGCAUAUGUCAGCCCAUUCUUAUCUUUGAAAUAAAGUGAGGAUCAGGCUUUAUAGUGUUUGAAGCAGACCAGGAAGCCUGUCUCUAAGGAAGGCUCUAGGACACACAGGACACAGAAAUAUUGGCCUCCAAGGGACAUUCUAAGAAAAAGGACAUAUAAGCACACAUAAUGAUUAAGUCCUCUUCUGGGAAAAACUUGAAUCAAUGGUGUCAGGUUUUUGAGAAGUGCCCUGAGUCUUCUGGAAUGUUGCUCUUUUCUCCAUUUGACCUCUCUCUAGGUUAUGCUCCAUGGCUACUGUGGACUUGGACUAUAAUCUGGGACUCUCUUCUGAUCAGGACCCUAGAAGGAGGAAUGGACUUGGAGAAGUGGGUGGAAGUUGGAGACUGGCUGGGAUUCACCAUUUUUUCUUUGUGUCUCAGCCGCAGCUUCUGCCCCCUCCUAACUGAGUGUUUUGAGCUGAAGAACAAUGCCCAGAGAGCAUGGAAUGAGUACAAAGGGCUUCUAAGGGAUCAGAUUGCACUGGAAGAAUCCAUUAAGGAAACAACAAGGUUCUGUGGGGAAGCCAGUAUGAAAAUCCAUGUAACAAGCAGCCUCAGGUAGGAUGAAUGAAACAUCAAGGGCAGGUUUUCCUGAUAUCUCAGCAUAAACCAAGUCAAACCAAUUUAACCUUUCUCCAAAUUAUCCAGACACUCUCCUAGGUCUCAUCCAGUUGUUCAUUUCUUUGCCCAUUUACAAAACUUUCUGUGAUUCUAGCUUCAUGCAAGAGUCUGGAGGAUUGACAACCAAAUCCUCCUGCUCAACUAGAAAAUGCAUUUCCUUAAGGGGAUCUGUUGAUCACACAUUGCACACUUACAUGCCAUUAUGCUAGAGGGAUGCCAUGUGGUAGCCGUCUUUGUAGUGCACAGAACUGAGUAGAGUUCAGUUCAAUUGCUAAAAGAAUGGCUCUCACUGUCAAUUAUGAUGGGGCUUGUGGACUUUCUCUCCUUUUCCCCGUACAUUAAAAAUGGUCCCUUCUGCCUUUCCAAAUGGUGGUUCAUAGUGACGGAGCUUGAGAAGCAGUGUGUCAGUCCUGUUCUAUGUCAGUGUUUUAGUGUUCUUUCCUGGGGCUUCUGUCCUGGAGCUGACUGGAUGAACAGGGAUGUAAGAAAGGCUUCUCUCAGGGUGAGGGUUUGUGUGAGAUAUGUGAGGGUUAGAGGGAAAUUUUCUCCAACUCUCUCAACCUCGUGUGCCCAAGAAGUGCAUUCCCCAUACAGGUUUACUGUAUAAGGGAUGGAGAGCAGUGUCUACGCUCUCACUUGACACAUUUCCUUUGCCUAAUCUGUAUUCAACAACUGUGCUUCCAGAAGGAUCGCCUCCGUAUUCUUUUCUGCUUCUCACUUGUGAUUUCUGUCCUCUCUCUCUCUCUCUCUCUCUCUCUCUCUCUCUCUCUCUCUCUCUCUUUCUCUCUCUCUCUCUCUCUUCCUCCCUCCUUCCCUCCCUCCCCCUCUCCAUUUCUCUCUGACUCUGUGUGUGUGUGUAUGUGUGUGUGUGUGUGUGUUUGUGUCGUUGGGCACAGAUGUGUGAACAUGUUUAUGUCUAUGGUACAUAUGUUACAUUGGGAGUUGCUUGUUUUAAGUGUUUGAGGUAUGGGUGCUUACAUAUAGAAGUGUGUGUAUAUGUGUGUUUGUGCAUAUGUGUGUGUGUGAACACAACAAGUUUCUGAACACAGACACAUAUUUAUAUAUAUUGUAUUAGUGUAUAUGUACACAUAUAUAAAUGUAAAAGAGAGAAGAAGAGGAAACACAAUGUUUCCAAUUAGUUUUAAACUGUUCUUAAUGGGGUUUUGAUUGCUAUUGAAAUUAUUACAGUGGGAAAACUAUUCAUCAACAUUGACAUUACUUGGAGAAAUCUCAGGAAUAGGGUACAGGGAUGUGAGGAGAGGCUGCUGUGUGAAAUCCAUGUACCUGAGUGUGGAAACUCCUGACUCAGGGCUCUUCUGCCUCCUUUGCUCUCAGUGUGCAGUGACACUGGAAGGUCAUGUGCUUGUUGUCUCUUCUCAACAUCCUGGUUAUGUUAAUCAUUACCUGCCACCACUUUCUUUCCAGAAUCGCCUUAACUUGGUUGAAUAUACCUUGGCUUUGGAGUUUGCUCUGGAAUUUGCUAAUUGAAAGAUUAAUUUGCUUAGAGUUGAAUCUGCAAGCAGAAGAUGUCCAGGAGUUAUGCUGAGGUGGAAUCACAUCUUUGCCUCAGACAGAACCAUAGGCUCAAAAUAGUCCACAGCACUCACCCUGUGUUGGGUCUGUGGCACUCUUAACGAUUGUUAUUCAAAAUCAUUUGAUCUGAGUGAAAAUCAUCUGUAAGGAGGGUUUAGAAAGUGAUGACCCUCAGACAUUGCUGGAGGUGUCAAAUGGGUAGCCCUGUGAGAAGCCAUGCACAACUUUUGUGCAAGUUCAACCUUUGACACAGCGAUUCCAGAACAAGAAGUAGGUGUCAGCAGAGAAACUGUGGCACAUUAGUGUUGUAGUGGUUCACCUCAGAGCAGCCAUGAAGCAAAAUUAUCCAGAAGUCCACCAGUCAGAAAGUGGAAAGGUACAAUGUUGUCCAGCAUUUCCAUGGACUGUGGCUGAGUUUGAUUAUACCUGCCAGCAUUUGACUUUGAAUCAGUCAGCCUUAUCUCACUCGAAUUAUAUCUGAUAGCAUCCCAGUCCAAGUUUUACCUUGGAUUGUGGUUAUGGAGAUUUCCUAGCUGUUUGUGCUGGUAGUUUGGCUGCCCUGUCAGGUACUGUAUCCUAAAGGGACCUCAUAUUGAAAAAUGCAGCUCACUUUGCAUGCACUGGGAAACAGUAAGCCAGAGGACAGAAGAGGCUCACCUGCCCCCACCCAGUGCUCUGUUGCCUGAAAUCAGCCUCCUGUGCACAGCCUUGUGAACUUGCUAAGCAGUCUUGGCUAACAGGCCUAGAUGUCACAUUUCUAAUUUCUGAUUUUAAGGGGAAUACACUUUAUUGGCUGAGCUGUCUUUAGCCUAUGCUCACUGUGUACUUACCCCAUUCCAGGUUUUUUUUCUUAUGCCACAAUAGUAGACUGGGUGAUCUCUUCUAUUAUCAUUAACUGGGAAACUAACCACAUUCUGCAAAAUACUCUGCUUGUGUGUGUGAACAAAUAUAUUUGGGUGAGUUCAAAGGUCUGUCUGUCUGUCUGUCUGUCUGUCUGUCUCUGUAUACAUGCCUGUCUCCAUGGACAAUAUAAUCUUCUAAUGACCAGGAUGAGGAGAGAAUGUAGGAAAGUCUGUAGGAUGCCCUGAAUCAGAACAAAGCAAAAGGCCUUGGCUGAGAAGAUGCGGCAUCAUUUCGGUGUCAUUGAGAUGAUUUGAAAGCACAGGAUGAGAGGACCCAAGUAGAUUACCUGUACUUAUAAACUGUCUUAUUGGGUGUGUGACUUUCAUCAUAGUUAUCAGCAUCUGUCAGCUAGGAGCAGCUCAGAAUAUUAUUCCUGUCCAUUUUAAAAGAAAUUCCAUCCAUGAAGUGUAUGUGAUCCAUAGAAAUUCUGGCUAUUGUGUACUGAUCCCUCCAGUCUGAGCUCUCUUGUAUUAUCUGAGCCCAGUGCCUUAAAGUCUCCCCACAAAUAGUUUUAUGAUAACCAUAAACAAAGGAGUGGUAUAGUUUAUUUUCUGCAUGAGUAUCUCCUUUAGAGUUCAAUGCCUACCCUUGGCAAGAUUUCCAUGCAGUAUAUUCUUGCCAAAUUUAAUAUCACUUCAGUGUGCAUGUACUUCUUGAGAUAUUGUUUCUGUGGGUCUUUGCAGAUAUUCAGGUUGUAAGUGGACCCCAGGCAUAUUCCUGCACUGGAGGAAUAAUGAUAGUCUUCAUUUCAGUGAUGGACAGGCCUCCAAGGCCUUCCUAUUGUUUUCUAGGUUGUUCACAUCUCUCCUCAACUGACGUUGAGACAUUGCUACAUGAUUUUAAAAUAUAAUAUAUAUGGACGAUUGGAAUUAUCUGCUGUUCACUGUUCAAUUUUUAGCAGUUUUAAAAGCUGGGAAAAUAUGCAGGCCUGUGGGAUCUCUUACCCUUCUGUCUUGGGCAUGAGAAAAUGACCUCAGAUGAAAGAUCAUCCUGGAUUAUCCUGCUGACUUGUGCGCUG